CCUCAGAUGCUAGAUAUGCUGUGGUAAUGGCUGAGAGAGUGACAGAGAGAGAGUGAGAUAACUUCCACGUGUGCUAAUGCACCAGAAGAAAACUACAGGAACUGGCAGUUGGAGGAGGGUGAUGCACAUUCACCACACUCAAACUAUCACACACCAAACUGCAAUGAAUAAAGCAACAGACUACGCUCUCCUGGGAGCAUCAGGAGGGACAUCGCCACCUGCACUGCCCAUCAAACAGCGCAGGACCAAGUCAUCCUCAAGCUCGGUCCAGGAGCUGAAGGUGGGAGAUCUACUCUUGUCUGGACCACAGACCCCAGUGUCUCCAUUUACUGAAGUCUUCACGACUACUUACUGUAAUGCAGCCCACUGUCCGAUACAUCAUCGCUAUGAAAAUCACCAGAUGAGAUUCUUCUCAGAUGAAAUUCCUCCUCCAGUACCCAAAAAGAGUCUGACGAGAACCCUGUCCCUCCCGAUGGAGACUCUGGAACCACCUUACCUUGAACAUACAAAAUCCUACACCUAUGAAAAUCCCUUGUAUAUGAUAGCACCGUUCCAUGGCAGUCAUACACUACAAGAAAAGGAGCUACAAGAGGAGCUGCAUCAAGGUCUGUCCUUGCACAAGGUAACCUUUGACACACCAGACGAACAACUUCAAAGAGUCCUCAGAAGCUUCCAGAGCCAUGAACAAGUUUCCACAGGAAUUCAAGAGUAUUAUUAUCAGUUUCUGAGGAACAUGUUGCAGAACACUGAAGCGAGCAUCUUCUUGCGUGAGCAGGAAGUGCAGAUUUCAAAGACUUCUCAGCCUAAUGAUUUUAUACUGUGUGGGCGGAAGUGGAGUUCUUACUACCUGGUGCGUUGCCUAAAGGUUCCUGGAAGAAUGUUUGCUGCAAAGGUUCACAGAGGGGAUUUCGCAUCAGACUUUGAUAUAUCCAUACCUCAUCUGAACAUUGAGCAAGCUGUGAUCCAUUUCCCACAAUGCACAGCUACAGAUCAAACUUCUACAUUCAGGCCUUCACAUGAGGACACCACUGAUGUUUGUCAACAGCAAACAGUUGCUGAUCUUCUGGAGCAAGGUGUUAGUGUAACCGUGGUAAGAGAUUUUCCAUUGGGAACACUGGAGGACUUUGUUAAGGAAGGACACUCUUUGCACUCCAUCCAUCCUGAGGUUUAUGAAAGGAGACUUUGUCUUCUUGCCCUCCAGUUGGUACAAGGACUACAGCAGCUGGGACAUUUUAACGUCAUUCACAGGGAUCUGAAACCAGAGUGUGUUAACUUAGUGUGGCCAAGCAUGAAACACAAGGAUGCUAAUGCUUGUGAAUGCACAACUGAUUUGAAAACAGGAAGUGACACGAAUACAGACUCCAUCGAGCAAUUAGAAGAGAGGAAAAAAGGUGAGAUUUGUCAAACCUUAUGGGAAGAGUGGGGAACCCCUCGUUUGGUCCUUAGAAGCCAUUUUGAGGAUGAUGUUUUUCAAGAGGCAACGUCCCAAGAGUUCCAGUUAGGGACUUUGCUCAGGUACUGUCUACAUCUCAAUGACAAUAGCUCAUCGGAGAGCAGGGUAAAAACAGACACUCCAUACACCUCAGGUUUGCUGUGGCUGGUCACCCAGCUUACAUCUGAGAAACCUGGGCUAAUAUUGGCAGAUGUGGCAGGUGUCCUCCAGGUCUUACUUUGGGGUCCACGACAAGGACUCUUCCAGGCGAACCAACCGGAGAACUCUGUGUUUCAUAAUUGGCUGUUACUUAAGAGAUCUCUUCUUGUCCUGAAGCUUGCAGAGAAGGGACUUUUGCAGGACCAGCAUGGCUUCGACUGGGAAAACUAUCUCUGCUUGCAUUAUUUAUCUUUUUCUGAUCCGGAGACUAUGCGUAGCAUAACUGAACGCAUAGGCCUUCGUGAUUUUGUAAGACCAGCUUAAGAGCAAAAGGCAAUUGCCAGUUGGUGAGCCACAGAACCAUCUCCACACCGAUGUUGCUAUGAACUUAAUUGAGAUUUGAAAAGCUAACUGAUCGCCUUGUGCUAUUUUUGUAAUUCAGAUUCAUCUAAUUCUGCAUACUUGCAUCAAGACACAACAUACGAAAAAAAAUAAAAAUAGGGCCCUGCAUGUACAAUGA